UUCGCAGCAACACUCCGCUUUCAAGCCUUUCAAGAUUUGUGCAGUGGAGUGGCCAUGAGCGAGUGCAUGACGUUGGCCUAUGUUGUGAAGGCCGAGACCAAAUUUGGACAGACAAUCAAAGUUGUCGGGUCCAAGGAGGAGCUUGGCAACUGGAACGUCCAGCGGGCUCCGUCGCUGUCGACCGACGCGACGGAGUACCCGAAGUGGUCCGGAACGUUGCCAUGCACAGUUGGAGAGCUGGAAUUCAAGUUCGUCAAAGUUGCAGAGAACGGUGAUGCUGAGUGGGAGGAUGGAAAGAACAGGUCCAUCAAGAUCUCUGAAGAUGGAGACAUCGUCAUUCCGAAUGGAUCGGCAACGCCAAACACCAUGACGUUUGGACACACGGAGGAAACAAAUGCUCCGAGGCUGGCAUCCGGCGGCAGCCGGAAGACGUCCUUCUCGGACGAGGUGGAGGAAGUGGCGGUGCCCGUGCCAAUCACUCCAAAAACCAAAGUACCAACUUCCCUGCUUGAUGAAUCAGAUGAGCUGCACUUUAAUGUCGUAUGCUCCAUCACAGGGAUUGGAGAUGCGGUGUCGGUGGUGGGCUCGUGUCCGGAGCUGGGAAACUGGGAUGUGCGGCGAGGCAUCAAGCUCUGCACCUCGGCGGACUUGUUCCCACAAUGGGCCGGAGUAUUGCACCUGAAGUCAUGCUCAUUUUGUGACAUCGAAUUCAAGAUCGUUGUUUGCAGGAUCUCCUGUGAUGAGUGGGAGGGCACCCAAAAUCGUCGUCUAAGCAUGCCAGGUGACGAUCUAGAAGGCCCUUGGGAGGCAUUCUUGAGCUUCAACGUGAACGGCUGCAGAAUCGCAAAGUUCAGGACUACUCCGGUGAACUUACAGCAGACGAGUAUGGAAAGCCCCGACGACGUCAAGUUUGCCCUCAAGACAAACAUGAUCGACAUUGUCGAACCAGAAACGGGGCGACGAGAGCGACGAGCGAGGCGCAGCACCUCGCUCAGCCUCCUCGCGCCUCGCGAGCAACCACCCCUCGUUGCUGAGACAUGGGUGCGGUGCCGCAAUGAUCGGGAGGAGGCAGUAGCUGGGCCACCCCUGAAAGAGCACCUUUUGAUGCUCAAAUUGAAGGGCAUCCCACAGUCAGAGGCUCGGAAGCUCUUCGUGGAACUUGUCUUCGAGGCCAAGUCGCAGAGACCCAUUGUUCCGCUCGACAUGUCCUCGUUCGACAACGACGAGCUGCAGGCCGCAUGGUCUGUGGCAAUCCCAGCGGUGGAGCUACCAGUGGGGACGAAUUAUUUCCACUUUCGGGUCAAUGGCGUCUUUACUCUCUCACUGGAGCACAACCGGGUUGGAAAAUGGAACGCCGUCUACAACAGCGACUCGAUUCGUCGAUACUUGCUUGCCAGAGAUGGCCGUGGCCAGCUUCUUGACAAGAAAGAAGGCCAGAUGGUCGAGAAGACCCGUUCGAAGCAGAUCGGAGAUAUGGCAUUUGACUUAAUCGUCGGUGACGCCUCCUCAGCUAACCAGAGUGGCCUGCAGGCAGACCGCGAAGGCCAGAUUGCUCGUCCCUACAGUGUUUGUGGUCAUUUGGGGCUCGCAGAUGCCGGUGAAGACAAUGAGACUAAGGCGGUUGCCAAGCGCCCGAACCAAUUUGCAGACGAGGUGUUUGAAGGCCUUUUCGAUGAAGAGCUUGUUCUUCGUUUGGAUGGUGUGUUGCUGCCUGAAGUUCCACAGCAGCCACCUCUUGGACUUGACUACGACGAGCAUACAGGAACGGCACUCCGCCUGUGGGCUGGUGCAAGCAUGCUGAAGAAGGCACAUGGUGCGUGUGAAGACGCGUUCUUUAUGGAUGCCCAUGCGCUUGGUGUGGCUGAUGGAGUCGGCUGCAUGGUGCAAUUCGCAAGCUAUGGAAUCAAUGCUGCCCAGUAUGCAGCCGAACUAAUGGAGUGCGCUUCCAAAGCUCUCAAGGACGACGGGCUUGCCUCAGAAAACAAGAUCGCCAAUGAUGUGGCCCUCCGCGCAUUGACAGCCGUGCUUCAUGCGGAAUCGCAUGCGGCGGCCUACGGAGCCUCGACAGUGGCCGUGCUGUGCCAACAAGGUGCUUUCGUCGGUGUGGCAAACCUUGGCGACUCGGGAUUCAUGGUGCUCCGCAAGGGCACGCAUGGCUACUAUGUUGUGCUCAAGUCCGAGGAGCAACAACACAGCUGGAAUUGCCCCUACCAGCUAACCCGCCUCCCAAAGACCUUGCUGACACGGUUCCCAAAGCUGCAGCUGGACAAAGCCAAGGACUGUGAGACAUACACAGUCCCGAUCAAGGAGGGCGAUUUGGUCGUGAUGUUCUCUGACGGACUUCGCGACAACUUGCACGACCGCGAGGUCAUCAGCAUCGUGAACCGAUGCUUGGCACCCCCUUUCGCAGACAUGGUCGGACUGCUUGACCGUUGCACGCCACCCGAGACAGUCGCGAAGGCCCUCGCACUGGCUGCACAGGAGAGAAGUCUUGAUCCAACCGCUCGCGUGCCAUUCGUCGAUUACUCGAAGCGCCACGGUUUUGAUUGCAUUGGCGGGAAGCAGGACGACAUCACAGUCGUGGCAGCCUGGGUGGUGCUGGAUGAGUCCAAGCCGGAUCCCGAUGCGUUGGAUAUCGAUGAGUUGCUGGAUGACAUGCUCAUCGCUGAAGAAGAAGCCGAGGAGCGAGCCUUGCAGGGCAUCGCCGAGAGCAGCAACUUCACCGUCGAGACGACCACUGAGCAGGGGACGGAGGUGGAGGAGAAGCCUCAAGAGAGCCCACUCCAGGACUCGCUGGAGGUCACCGAGGAGACGUUGCCGCCCUUGACGACAACCCCUGAGCUGUGAGCUGUGACGGGAGCGGAAAAAGUGUGUUUUUCCAAAGCCGUGAAUGCAAACAUGAUAGAAGAUACAGCACGGAGUGUUGUCCAGGUCAUGAAGAGAACAGAGCCACUGACCUAGGUCGUGAUGACCGUGUUUCACAAGUUGCUACUGCUAAAGGCAACAGAGCACAGUCGUGACAUGUCCUGUUGGUC